CCAAUCAAGAAAAAGAAGAAAAAAUCAGGCCCAAAAGAAAACGAAUAUAAUAAGCCCAAAGCAUCAAAUAAAGCCCGAAAUCUGAAACAAAGAAAGGAAAGCGCUGCGUCUUCUUCCUACCGUCUCCGAGCUCCAGCACUAAACUAAAGCUCCAGGGGGGUCAAAUUGAACUGAUCAUACUUGAAAAUGGUGUCGGCGAACAAGGAGAUGGUGGUGUAUUGCUUUGACACGCUCCUGGCUCACUACAACACUGAAGAAGCUCCUCCCCCGGCAUUCGAGGAUGGCCAACAUCCAUUGUUUGUUACUUGGAAGAAAAUGGUGAAUGGUAGUGAGCCUCGUUUGCGUGGAUGUAUUGGAACACUAGAACCUCGUGGCUUGGUUAAUGGAUUCAAGGACUAUACUCUAAACAGUGCUUUGAGGGACCGCAGGUUUCCCCCAAUACAAGCUAAGGAAUUACCAUAUUUGGAAUGUACAGUUUCCAUUUUGACUGAUUAUGAAACUGCUGAUGACUACCUUGAUUGGGAGGUUGGGAAGCAUGGUAUAAUCAUUGAGUUUACUGAUCCGGGCUAUGGUACAAGGCGCAAUGCAACAUACUUGCCUGAGGUUGCUGCGCAUGAAGGUUGGACUCAAAUAGAAGCAAUUGACUCAUUGAUGCGGAAAGCAGGGUAUACUGGUACCAUCACCGAGUCACUUCGGAAGCGUAUACGAUUGACCCGCUACCAGAGCUCAUUAUAUACAAUGCACCACAGCGACUACGUUUCUUAUGUGAAGGCAAGCAGAGGCGCAGCUACAUCUGGCUCCAAGUCCAGCAAUCAGUGAUUCAUCCAGAAAGCAUGUGGUUUGGAGUGGAUUUGUUUGUUGUUCCAGGCCAAACUGCAAUAAUAGAUACAAUGCCUAUCAAUUCAAUUUGGAUAUUGAAGAAAGUGACCUACAACAAUUUGGAAACUCACGUUGAUGAGAAACCUGGAAGCUGUAUUUGUAGAGUGUGUGUAUUUCAAAAUUUAACUGUAAUGUUUCUACACCGCA